GGUACAGAGUAAGAAUGCAAUCAAUUAUACAUUUAUUGAAACGAAUUGACGAGACGUCUAAACAAAGAAAUGAGGCGGAAAAAAAUCCAAAUUUUCUUAAUGAACCAUGGCGAAAAAUCCACGAGACCUUGACAGACGUUCCGCAGUUAAAAGAAACCUUGGUGAAUAACAUAUCGGAAAGUUGGCAUAAAACUGAAACAUCACUCAAAAUUUUACUUCUUGGACAAGCCGGAAGUGGAAAAUCUUCCUUUGUAAAUGCAUGCUUGACAGCCUUACUGCAGGAGGGAAGAGUCGUUAAAAGAGCUGUUGAUGGAGCUGUGGGAUCCGAAAAUAUAACAGAAGGACUGACACAUUAUAAACUAAAAAUAAAAACUGGUAAGAAAACGGAAAACCUACCUGUACAACUUGUUGACUUCCGCGGACUUUCAAAGGGAGAUAAAGGAGUGCAGACUGGAGAUAUUGAAAAGAUUUGUAGAGGCUAUAUCAAAGCUGGAUAUUUGAUAAACCCCAAAGAAGGAAUAAAAUCGAAUGACAAAAUGUAUCGUCAACAUCCUCAAGAGAAAGACAAGAUACAUUGUGUUGUAUACGUUUUGGCGGCCGAUGAAGAAGUAUUUGUUCAGGACGAGGUUUUGGAUCAAUUUAAGACAAUAAAAAGAAUGUUCAGAAAAGACAUGCCUCAGCUCAUUCUGCUGACAAAAAUCGACCGUCUUGGAAUCGACGAUAUCACCCAGAUCUUCAGAGACAAAAGAGUAAAAGAGCGCUGCAAGGCGGCGGCAAACACCCUAAACCUCUGCGAUAACGACGUUUACCCUCAGUCCAGCUACAGUGAUGAAGUAGUACCGUGUGAUUACAAGGAUGUGGUUACUCUGUUUAACAUUAAGACAAUAAUGGAGAGAGCCAACGAUUUUCUUAGUACACCUGAAUCCUCCGAUUAGAUGAAUCAAGAUAAGAUUACAACAUAAAUGGAUUGCAAACUUCAACUUAAAUAU